UCCUAGAAACAAAACUGUGAGGGCAUGGUCGGGACCCAAAGCGGACAAUAUCGUGCUACGGUGAUAGAACAUCAAAUUAAGAUGUGGAGGACAAACAAAUCCCUCAAUAAUCAGAAUCAGAAUAUAUAUUUUACAUGUGAAAAAUUAGAGCAAAUUCAAACAAUACUAAGAAAAAUAAACUUUGUGGCAACUCUUCAUGAUCACCCAAAUGACCAACUGCUAAUUGAUUCUAUAUCAUUUGUGCUUGUGUCCAAGGCACAUCAUGUAAGUUCCCAACUACUUAAUUCAACAUCUCAGAAGAUCGAAUGCGAACAAUUAACUCUGGCCGAGUUCACCAUUAAGAAUUUGGGAUAAUGCAAAUAUCAAAUCUUAUUGAUGUGGAUAACACUCAGUUUAGGACAUACCAUUAACAAUUGGCAUCACAUAUACAAAGAUCAUCUAUUCUAAUGAAGGCCAGAACUCUGUCUAACAUGUACUGAACCUAAGAAGCAAAUGUAGAUAUCUGAAGUAAUCACAGCCCACGAACAACAAAGAUGUCUGAACAUAGCUCUUACCAAAAAAAAAAAAAAAAAAAAAAAUCACAUACACAAGUAACACAACCCACGAACAAACAAGUUGGAGCUAAGAGCUAUGUCAUAAACAGGUUGUUGAAACACAACCCAGACGAAAAUCUUCAGGACUAAAGAGGGGGAAAAAUAAAGCCUGAAAUAAUUUUAGACAUUGGUUAAAACCACAAGAAUUGAAAGAAGUUAAUUUGUGGGUGAAACAAAAGGGCUAAAGGAAUGUCAAAGGCAUCAUCAGUGUGCAAAUAGUUCCUAAUCUGCAUAUUUUUUGGUAUUCAGAACAUUUUUUAACUUAUGAUGAAUCCAAUUGAGAAAUCAAACAAACAAUCCAAUAUAAAAACCCAAUUGAGAAAUCAAACAAACAAUUCCAGAAAUCCAAUUGAGAAAUUAAAAAAAAAAAAAAAAAACAAUCCAAUAUAAAAAUCCACGCAAUUCAGAGAAAGAAAAGCUAAAGGCCCUAAAAUCCGAAUAAAUUGUAAUUCAGGAAAGACGGAUUCGGGAAGAAGACGUACGUGAACCUGAGCUUCAAUUAGGUCGGCACAAUUACUUCCCUUUUCCUAAAUUCUGUGAUCUUUUAUAUAUUGACGUGUUUUCGGGGGAACUGGGUAUAUAUGAGAUGAACUAGUCAAUCAGUAACCAUACAUAUUUAGGUCUCCUUUUGCAUAUCCUCCCAAAAUUCAACGUCACUAAAUAUAAACAUUUUUUCUGCAAUUUCCACAAAAAACGAAACCAGCUAGAAAAGCGCGUAAAAUGGGGCACUCGAUCUUCAAGCAGAAACUUGUACCCAACAACCCAAAUUGAGCAAUAAGUCAAAACAAAACCGCUUCACAAAACACGAUAUAUACUCACACACCCCAAAACCCAGUUCGUAGAUCAGAAAAACCAUCAAACGCUGUCACGGAAAAGCGAAAAAAAUGAAGUUGCAAACCCUUAUCCUGUUGUCCCUAAGUUUGCUGAUUGGGAUCCUAGCGGAGCAAUGUGGGAGGCAAGCUGGUGGUGCCGUGUGCCCAAUCCCAAGUGGCGCUCGGUCUUUUAAUGGGUUUGGCACAACUGGAGAUAUUGCUACUCGCAUAAAAGAGCUUGUUGCUUUCUUGGCUCAAACCUCUCAUGAGACAAUUGGAGGAUGGGCAAGUGCACCAGAUGGUCCUUAUGCGUGGGGAUAUUGUUUUGUCAAUGAUAGAAGCCAAGAUGUGUAUUGUACACCAUCCAGCCAAUAUCCAUGUGCCGCUGGCAAGCAAUACUAUGGCAGAGGACCCAUCCUACUCACAUUCAAUUACAACUAUGGUCAAGCAGGCAAGGCAAUCGGAAAGGACCUGUUAAACAACCCGGAUCUAGUGGCCACAGACCCGGUUGUAUCAUUCAAGACAGCUAUAUGGUUUUGGAUGACUCCACGGGGAGACAUGCCAUCAAGCCAUGAUGUCAUCACUGGUAGGUGGAGUCCAUCUGUUGCAGACAAAUCAGCGGGUCGAGUUCCCGGGUAUGGAGUGAUCACCAACAUCAUCAACGGAGGGCUUGAAUGUGGCAAUGGCCAGAAUUCUAUGGUUGCUAGUCGGAUCGGGUUCUACAAAAGGUACUGUGGGAUAUUGGGAGUGAGUCCGGGGGACAACUUGGAUUGUUACAAUCAAAGUCCUUUUGCCUAAAACAAUAUACGGUGAGGUUCAGUCUUGGAGAUAUUGUCAUAAAGACAGUAAUCCUGUCCUAUGUACCAAACAAAAUGCAAUAAUCCUUUGUAAUAAAGAAAUUUCUCGUUUACACUAAGUUAUUAGUUUUAAUUGCUAUA